GCAGAUAAGUCGUACUCUGGGUUCGUUAUUGUUGGGUUUUCGAUACUAGCCACUUGAACCUUCAUGGCCAGUUUCAACUCCAGCUCGAGAAAUGAUCAGUAUCAUCAACUAGGUGCACAGAUUCGGCAAAAGUUUCAGGAUAAUCGUCAAACGAGUGAAGUUUUUGAUCGGAAGAAUCGAUGGAGAAAGGAAAUUGAGGAUUUGGUGAAGACUGUCUACCCGUCAUGUCGACUCGUUCUUUCCGGCUCGUCCGCAAACGGGUUUGGCAGCAUUCAUAGUGAUAUAGACCUGGUUUUGUGCUUUGAAGGGGUAGCAGUGACUGGGCCUUCCAUGUUGAGGAGAAUAGAGUCGCUUUUUACGAGUAACCGUCGUCGUUUUCAAACAGAGGUGAUUCCAAGCGCACGAGUUCCUAUCAUCAAGCUCAAAGAUAGAGAGAGAUCAUUUGAAACUGACAUCAGUGUGGAAAACUGGACCAGCGUGAAAAACGCCUUCGUUUUAAAAUGUUACUCCGAGUGUGACCCAAGAGUGAAACCACUAGUGAUGGCAAUCAAACUGUGGGCUCAACGGGCAGGAAUUACUGAUGCAAAACUGAAAAGGCUUGCAGGUUUCGCUGUGGUUCUCCUGGUAAUCCAUUAUCUUCAAGCGGGUUGCACCCCUUCUGUUGUGCCCGCCUUACAACAAAUGUUCCCAGCGGUCUUUCAAGCUUCUAACAGCAUUAUCAUCGACAAGCUUACUUCAGAUGAUGUCCCUGCUCAAAUUCGAGCGUUCAGUUCCGGUAACAAGCAGAGUCUGGGCGAGCUUGUGGUCGGCUUCUUUCAGUAUUACUCCACCUUUAACUGGAGUAGAACCAUGUCGAUUCGUUCAGGAAAUACCCGACCGACUUCGACGUACGACAAGAUAUGGCAGAGACCGUGCAUUCGCCUGGAGGACCCCUCAGAUGGAGGUAACGUCGCCAGAUCCGUGUAUGAUUCCUAUGAGUUCUCACGCAUCAAGAGUGCGUUCAGCAGCGCUCUCUCGCGGUUGAGGCGCAAUCCGUCCUUGGAGGAAAUCUUGUAGGAAUUUGAGAUGAAACCGAGGUCGAUCCCUACAUUACUCCAAUUUUGAAUUUUGGCCUUACACAGUUAAAACUCGCCAAAAAAAUCAAAUUUUCUUUGUGAAGCUGAGUGAUCUCUUUACCAGAGCCAUUUUCAUGUUUAAAACUAGAUGAAAAAAUUUUACUGGGAUUGCCAAGAGUUACGAUGUGAAAGCUCCACAUGUCUUUAAUAAGUACAAUAUGGGAGACUGAAUUUUUUUUUUCAUUUAGAUAUUCAUCCGCAGUUUUUUCUGUUAUCUUUUGAAGAGCAGCAAUACUGCUAUAUAUAUAUUUAUUACGCGACUCGGGCAGUGAGAGGGCCAAUAACUAAAAUUGCCAAUCAAAAUGCUCUAUUGCCGGUCGAUAUUCUCUCAGUAUUGCCUUCGAGACUUUGUCUCUAAGACAAAUGAGUUAGUUCAGUUUUUUUUUCUUGAUUUGAUUGUAUUGUAUUGAGUGUCAGUUCUUCAACGUUAUUUAAUAGAUAAAUACUGGUUCGUUGUUAUCGAAAGCCUAGUGACUUUGGAAAAUGUAAUAUUUAAAGGCCAUUUUAGCAUCAACAAAUAAAAUAGCUUUGUUUUCAUUCCAUA